GAAAAUGUGGGUGGAUAGCUCUAAGCCUCUAACUGUGUGGAAGUAGAGACAAGAUGGGAGGGGGACCUCAUUUUUUGAAGAGAAUUCCCAGAAUCAAAUUCCCACAAAGACAAAGACACCCAAAAUCCUCAGCUUCAGGUUCUACUUCACAUACUCAAGAUGCAUCAUCAGCUAGUCUAGGGUCAGAAGUUCCAGCGCCACCGAAAAACCCUGGCGUCGGAGGGAAGGCCUCUCUUCAGCCCGAACGCACACCUGUCACGGCCAGAGAAAUAGAUGCCAUACUAUCAGGUGGAUGCAUUUGAUGAUGAAAGAAGAACCUGAGAGCUGGGAAUGUGAAUCAAUACAUUUCUUAGUUUCUUGUAUGAUUUAUACUUAAUGAUGAAAAAAGGACCUCUGUACAAUACACUUUGAUGGCCUUAUGCUCUACAUGUUAAUUCUU